AUGCAUUUUUCAUUUGGUCUUCCACACCUGGAGAUUUUCCGCUGGCUGGCGCCUUCGGGUCCUCCAUCUUCGCCUUUUGAAAACCCCCUUUUAUCUGCCGUCUUCGAUGCCUCCAUGAAGGUGCUGAUGCCGCUAACCAUCGCCGUGGUGUACUUCUCUGCGGUGCACUUUGUCAACCCAAUUGUCAUUGACAGACAGAAGAGGAAAGCAAACUUGGCCGAUGAGAAGCUCAAAGAGUCGCAGACCAAGAGAUUGAGGCCUGCUCCGACGAAAAUCGCUCAGACGGGCCUCUUCAAGGUGUUCGUUUUCUUCCACAACGUCUUCCUCUGUAUCUACUCGGUCUGGACGUUUGUGGGCAUGCUCAGAUGCUUCGGCAGAACCGUGGCGUCCAUGUCGCUCAAGUACAACUCGUCCCACUCGCUUUCCAAUUUCGUUUACGCCGUCUGUGACGUGGAAAACGGCGUCUUCAAGCAGGACUCCCUCACCAAGAACCUCACCAUCUACGGCUGGUGGUUCUACAUGCUGAAGUUUUACGAGGUUUUGGACACCGUGGUCAUUCUCUUGAAAGGACGCCCUUCGUCGCUUUUGCAGAGCUACCACCACGCCGGUGCCAUGAUGUGCAUGUGGAGUGGAAUCCGCUACCGCUCUCCUCCAAUCUGGAUUUUCGUGGUCUUCAACUCCUUCAUCCACUCGUUGAUGUACUUCUACUUCUCCGUGUGCUGCUUGAAGAUCAGGGUGCCUGUGAUUGUCAAGAGAGUGCUCACGUCGCUUCAGAUUUCCCAGUUUGUCGUGGGCGGCUCUUUGGCUGUUUUCCACGCUUUUGUCUGGUACUGGGACCAGCAGAGCAACUCUUACAGCAACUGCAUCGAGCUGGCCGAGCAGGCGUUGCCUCUCAUGAUCAACGUGGCUUACUUGACGCCGUUGACCAUGUUGUUUGCCGCUUUCUACAUCGAGAGCUACAUCAAGGGCGGCAAGAAGUAG